ACAAAGCUCCAACGAAAGAUCUCUCCCCACGAACUUCCCUUCUCAUUCUCUUCUCUUCCCAUAAUCCCUUUCUUCUCUUUCAAAAACCAAACCUCAAAACUCUCUCCCAUUUAUAUACCCCUCCCUCCCUCCCCCUUCAUCUUUAUAUAUAAAACACCUCGCUUUUCAAACUCUUCCCGCUUCCUUCUUCACCCGUUAUACCCACUUAAUUUCCUUUCCGAUCCCUACGAAUUUCUUCCGUGAUUCUAGGGUUUCCCAUUUGUAAAGAGAGAUUUCUUAUAAGGCAUGGCAGAUCAAGGCUUGGAAGGAGCCCAACCUGUUGAUCUUAAAAAGCAUCCUUCUGGGAUUGUACCUACUCUUCAGAACAUUGUGUCAACAGUGAAUCUAGACUGCAAGUUGGAUCUGAAGGCCAUUGCUCUACAAGCUCGCAAUGCUGAAUAUAAUCCCAAGCGUUUUGCUGCUGUUAUCAUGAGAAUAAGGGAGCCAAAAACCACAGCAUUGAUAUUUGCAUCGGGAAAGAUGGUCUGUACUGGAGCUAAGAGUGAACAACAAUCCAAAUUAGCUGCAAGAAAGUAUGCCCGUAUUAUCCAAAAACUUGGUUUUCCUGCUAAAUUUAAGGAUUUUAAGAUUCAGAAUAUUGUUGGCUCGUGUGAUGUUAAGUUCCCAAUAAGGCUUGAGGGUCUUGCCUAUUCCCACGGAGCCUUUUCAAGUUACGAACCAGAGUUAUUUCCUGGAUUGAUAUAUCGGAUGAAACAACCAAAGAUUGUUCUUCUCAUUUUUGUCUCAGGCAAAAUAGUUCUAACUGGGGCUAAGGUGAGAGAGGAAACAUAUACGGCUUUUGAGAACAUAUACCCCGUGCUUACAGAGUUCAGGAAAAACCAGCAAUGAUUUUUGGUUUCGAACUAGCCAUAUGGGAAGUUGAUUUUCCUUCAUGUUUAGAGAACAAACUGACUGGCACACAGACACAAGCAGCUAGCUAGCCGGAAAGGAAGUGUAUUUAUCGAGAGAUUGCUUCCAGUUUGAAGAUAUAUGGAAGACUUUCGGUUUUGGGGGAUAAAAUGGAGGUUCUAGUGGUCACUGUCUUUUACAUUUAGUGUCUGUCUCUAUGUGAUAAAAAAGUGGAGGGAAGCUUUGAAACUUUUUUUUUUUCUUCCUUUUUUUAAUUUUGAUAAAUGUGAUAUUAUGUGAUCAAUCAAAGUGGGUGAUUGUGUAUAGAAGAAUUUUUGUUCCAAUAACUGACACCAGACAAUUAUGCAAUUUAUAUUAAGCUUUACACAACA